CAUUUUUUUACUAUUACAUCUUUUUUUUUACUUUAUUUUUUUAUUCAAGAAGAAACAACACCUUUUAUCAGAAGAAGCCUCAAACACAACAGCCCCCGUUUUAUUUAUAGGAAGACUCGAUGAAUAAUACGUUUGACGACGACAAGUUCUCCAUGACGAAUGUCUCUUUAAUAAGCGAGAAUGAGCCCUCGUCUAGGAACUUGACACACUCACCAACAGCCUUAAACACCAUUGGUCAAUCAAGUAAUAGACGCUUAAGUACAAUGAAGGCGGACGAAUUAGCCGUUGCCGGUACUUCUCUCAAAAGUCAGGAGAGUACUAUUGAUCACCUAAAAAAAGAGAAUUUUAACCUGAAACUUCAUCAAUAUUUCUUGAUGGAACGGCUUAAUCAAAUGUCUCCAGAAACCUGCGAGAAGUUGAACGAAGAGAAUAUAAAAUUAAAAGUAGGAGUUCAAUCACUUACAGCAGAGUUAAAAAAGUACAAGGACAUUAUCUUGGAACUGAACAAAGGGAUCGACUAUCUGCAGAGUAAACAAUGUCCUAUUCCUCAUGGUAUGACGACAGAAGAAAAAGCUGAAAUGGACAAGCUCCAAAAGGAAGCGAUUACAAGCCAAGAAGAACAUGACAAAAUCAGUCUGAUGAUGGCUGACUUAACAGCAGAAAAUGUUCGCUUAAGGACGUCCAUCCGAGUAGCAAAAACUACCCCUCCUCCCACACCAGCAACCUCACCAGAAUCAGAGGAAAUGAUCGAACUCAAGCGCAACUUUAGACAAGCAAAGAUCAAGGUGGAAGAGCAGCAACGAGCCAUCCAAAUCCUCCAACAAAAUCAACAUAAACGCCCUUCUUACAGUAAUCAGUCGGACUUAAAGUCAGCAGAUAGGGAGCUGAAACAGUUGGAAGGCGAACUACGCUUAGAGAGAUUGCAGUCAGACCGUGCCUUUGGUGAGUUGCAGGACAAAAAAAUCGAACUUCAAAACACAAGAAGUGAUUUGGACCGCUUAAAGACUCAAUUGCAUCACAGAAAUGCCGAUUAUGAUGAUUUACGAAACGAGUACGAACUCUUAAAGAAGAAAGCCUCAUCGAACCCAUCAAGUGACGAUCAGACAAAUGAUUUAAUUAAAGCGGUUCAAGAAUUGGAAGAGGAUAAUGAGGAAUUAGUAGCAGCCAUCCAAAGUAGAGAUCAAGAUGUCGCUGCUUUAGAAGCUGAAGUAGAAAAGCUUUUGUCACAUCUGGAUGAAAAGGGUAUGGAUGAACCUGUGAAGGAAAAGGUAUUCAUGCUGCAAGAGGCUUUACAAGAGAGAGAGGAAGUAAUUCAGGAGAGAGAAGACGAGAUCGAUAUCCUCAAAAAAGAACUUAAAACAGUAACAGAAUCACACGAUGAAGACAUCGAAGCUUUUGAAGAACAUAUGGCUAAAGCCCAAGCCGAGUUCAACGAGCAAAGGCAGUUGAACCAAGAACUAGUCGAGGAACUUGAAAACACCAAGAAGUAUUGCCAAGAUGACCUUACGAAACAAUACAACGACAUGAUUGUCUCUAUUAGAGAGCGAGAUGUUCGACUAGCAAGCUUACAAGGCAACUUUGAGCAACAGACUGAUACAAUGGAAAGAGAGAAGGAUUUGCUGCUUGAGGAGAUAGGGGAGUUAAAGGAUAAACUUCAUGAAGUAUUCGACGCUUUAAAUAGACAGGAAGAAACUGUAAUUGAACUACGAAAGAAGGUUAGAAGCAGAGAAGAAUCAUCCUUUACAUCUCAUAGCUCCGAAGAAUACGCAAGUACAAUGCAACGACACGUAGAAGAGUUAGGUGAAGUUCAAAGAGAAAUGAAUGAAAUAAGACAAGAGAACAAGAGUCUUCAAGCCGGUUAUCUUGAUAUGAAGAAAAAAUAUCUCUCUCUUCGAAAACGUAAUAAUACCUUGACCAGACUCCUGGAUGAAUACAAAAAAUCAGCCGAGAUCAUAGUGUUAUUGACAACGCAAACCUCUUGUCGAAAUUAAAUAAUGCAUUAAGGAGAGAAAUCGAAGAAAAAGAUCGUGAACUAGAUGACGAGAAGCGACGAGGCGAUAGCUAUGAAGA